AUGCCUCAGGAGAAGAGCUACUUUGCCAUCCGCCUGCCGCACGGCUGGUGGCUGUUUGGGCUGGACCUGGCGCUGGAGGACGACAUAGACAUGUGCCAGUACAGCUACUUUGCGCGCAUCGCCGAGGAGCGGCUUGGCCCCGGCGACCAGGUGGUGCUGGUGCAGCACUGCCCCAGCUGGCUGGUGGACUGGUUCUGGGGGCGCUGCCAGGGCAGCAACCUGCGCCAGCUGGUGAGGGGGCCACUGCGCGGGCGCGCCAGGCUGCAGCUGGCAGAGGCGACAGCAUGGCACCAUGCCUGA